AGUUGACGUCUCGUUCUCCUUUUCGAAACGGAUAUCGCGCAACUGCAUUCCAAGUUCACAUCAUUUCAUUAGACUUUCUACCCGUGGUCGUCGAUUCGUUUGUUUCCUUUCCGUUUAGUGGUUGAUGGUGUAACGGGUUUUGGUCCCUCCGGUUUUGAUUUGCCCGAAGAAGAAGAAGAAGAAGUGGUACGCUCUAGUCGCGUGCCUUUGUCGUCAAUUCUCGGGCUUUAAUAGAAAUAUUGCCUGCGUGAUUUCCACGCUAAUCUCGAAAAUCAGAUUAGAAACAUUGAAGAAAAAACCAAAGGCAAAAACCGGACACAGUUCAGAACUUUUAAAAGGUUUACCUACCACCCACACGCGACCCUCACACAUAACAGAAAGAAAAAAACAAGAACAAAAACAGUUUUUGUCCGACCGUCGGCUAAUUGAAAAACCCUAAAUCCCAAAUUCUAUUCUAACUGGCAAUUGGCAAUUUCACGCCCGAAAGUUACACGGAAGCCGCCGGCAUGAAGCUUGUCGUUUAUCUCUACUUGUCCAUGAUUGUGCUGGGUGUUCAGGCCUGGCCCACAGUGAAGCGUUCUUUUGAGCUGUAUCCAAACAAUCCGGCAAUGCCCUACAAUGUGCACACAAUCUCAGAUUGCAUGCAUGUUGCCUCCGAGGCAGGUGACUACAUCUUCAAGAAACUAACACCACCAGCAGCGGCUGCAUCAUCUCCAUUGGGCACGGCACUGAAUCGAGAGGCAGCUCUACUCGAGCUUGAGGCAGCUGCAGUUGUGGCAGGUGAAUUGGAGGCGGUAGCAGGAGUUGCUGGCGGCGUCGUCGCUCCUACAUCCGCCGAAGUCUGUGGCCUCUAUGUGAUUGGUGAGCCAGACACAAUUGUGGAAAUUACAAUGAAGCACUAUGAUGUUAAUUGCGAAACGGGCGGUCUAAUGGCGUUUGUUGAUGGCUGGGAGCUGAAUGGUGAAUACUUUCCGGGUAUUAAGGAUCAUCAUCGUGCUCUGGAUGAGCGUGUCUAUGAAUUUUGCAAUAAUUACAAACAAUGGCCACGGAUCAGCAAUAAGAAAUUCUUUCGUUCAAGCCAAAAUGCAGCUCUAUUGCAAUAUCGUAUUCCCGCCCGUGGCUCCUUUGUGGCCAAUGUGCGUUUUCAUAAGAUUACUCAACCCUGCAAUAUCCUCGUACAAGACACCGCUGCCGUCUAUAAGAUGGCCAAUUUUGGACAAGCCCGCAAUUGCACCCUAUCCGCCCUGUUUCCGGCUGUUGUUUCUCUGGCCAAUUUGCGAAUUGGCGGCAAAAGUGUGCGUGCCCAGCAGAAGGUUAACUAUGAUUGUAAUAUGUUUCCCGAUCGCUUGGAAAUCGGUGGCUCUGCUGGCAUAGAUGCCUUCGGCAUGGAACAAUCCAGUUCCGUUUGUGGCUCCACCAAUGAACCGGGACCCGAACAGGCCAUCUUUUGUGGUGUAACCAGUGUGCGUCUAGUGUCCACGGGUCGUUAUCAAAAUCAGGCCGCUGUCGUUGUACGGAAGGCCGAUGAGCAUGAUAUCGAUGUGGCCACUCUCAUGUGUGCACUCUAAGGAGUGGAAAAUCCAUGAAUGGAAACUCCAUGAUGGGAAGAUGGACACAUAAAACAACUAAAAAACAAACAAAUAAAAAUUGGACAAAUUUACAAUUCCCUUGUAAAUGUGUGUGUAUAUGUAUGUACAAAAGCAGCAAAUAACGGUAUUUCCCCACAGCAACAAACAAAAGAAAAAAAUCAUAAAAAAAGAGUAAAAAAAAAAGAAAAGAACAAAACUAACAACUUGCACUCUAUUAUUGGUAGCGCCUAAAACAAAACAAAAACAAAAAACAUAACUCUAAUCUUAAUCGAUGCAAAAUAAACCAUAAAAAGUAUUCACCAAAAAAUGCCCCCUCCCUUGAAAAAAAAAAAAAAUGAAAAACCAUUUUAAGAAAUUAUAUGUAUAUCGAAACUUCUGUGUGUUGAAAAUAAGAA